GUUUCACUUUUGUUCAGUCCGCCAUAAUAAACUACAACAGUGAGUGACAAAAUAAUCCAAAUGUAUUGCCUUUUAUCUGAAGAAGAAUGUGCACUAAUUUUAUCAAAGACGUUCAAAAAUAAAAAUUACAUUUUCGUGAAACAAGAAACAAAACCAUUUAGUGAUGUUGUUUUAGGAUACCUAGGCGAACACUUACUAUUGACAAUAUUUUACAAAAACCAACAAAAAAUCAACAAAGUUUCGUAUUUCAUCAAGUGCGCUCCGCAAAAUCAAACUCAGAAACAAUUUAUAGACGACUUGGACGUGAUACAUAAAGAAAGAUCAGUUUAUGAACUUAUAAGCAAACUUAGGCCAUUUGUGAGUAGACCAUUUUCCGCAGAAUAUUAUUUUGGAAGAAGCAACGACAUUGUUGUAUUUGAAAAUCUAAAGCCCCAAGGAUAUGGAGUACCAAAGCAGGAUUAUUUCAAUCAGCAGCAAAUUGAAGCAGUUUUGAAAACAAUGGCAAUUAUGCAUUCUGCAAGUAUGAAGUUUGAGGAUAAUGAAAACCACGUUUUAACCGAUGAAUGCAAUGAACAUUUUAUUGAUGAUUCGUAUAUAAAUGAAACUUCUAGGAAUGAUUGGUACAAGUCUGCAACCAACUGUAUAGCUCGUCUAGGAGAAUAUUUUACUGGUAAAGAUUACAAGAGGAAAUUGUUUGAUUAUUUAGAAGAUGAGCUGAUGGAAUUGGAUAAGGCAUCUUCAAAUUCAAGAAAUGUCUUAUGCCAUAAUGAUUUAUGGGCAAAUAAUAUUAUGUUCAAGGAGAAUAACGACGAUUGCCUUUUUGUUGAUUUUCAGUUUGUUAAAUAUCGUCCACCAAGCCAUGAUUUUUGGUUCUUUUUAUAUUUUAACACUGAAUAUGAAUUUUUAAAGACACAUUUGGAUGAGUUUGUUGAUUUUUACUAUAAACAUUUGCAAAAUGAGCUUGGUGAUGAAGAAGUGUACACAAAAGAGGAAUUUUUGAUAAGUAUUAGAGAAUUUGCAAAGCCAGUGCUAUUUCAAGUUGGCACUUGUGUAACUAAUGUGUUUAUAUCUGAGAAGUUUUCAAAGGAAAUGAUACAAAAUAAGCAACUUUAUCAGGAUUUUAUGAUGGGUGAUAGAAGCAAAUACGUAUUGGAAGAAAUGAGAAAUAAUCCCAUGUUUGAAGUUAGAUUAAGGAAUGUUAUCGUGCCAUUAUGUAGCUUGUUUGAAUAGAAUUAUCUAAAAUUUAAUGGUAGUUUCUUUAAAAACAUUUUCAACUAAAAAUCACGUACCAUUCUCAAUACAAUUAUACUUAUUAACAGUUGAUAUAACGAAUUCACUAUUUCAGCGUUGCUGGGUGACUAUUUACAAAUAAA